AUGACAGGAUGGAGUGGCCUGUUUAUAGAAGUCCCUCUGUGUAGAUUGGCACCCAAACUGUGUUGUCAUAUGUGAUGGCCAAAAAGAUUACUUAAAAGGCCACAUGGAGGAGUGAUUUGGGACCUUCCCAAGGACUCCAGUGCAGCUGGAAUCAUGGCAGAGAAGAGGAGGAAUUUCAUCAGCCGGAGCCUCGGCCUUGGGGAGGUGCUGUCCACAGCCGACAUGGCCACUGGCGUGAAGUGUGGAAUCAUUUAUUGGCUAUUUGGUGGUGCCGUGAGGAAUCUUGGAAGCCCCAGACAUGUCACUAAAUGGCUGCAGCCACUCCAGGAGCAAAAGCACAGCGGGAUGUUUGCAAUGACAGAGAGGGGCCACGGGAGCAACGCCAGAGGGAUCCAGACCCAAGCCACCUUUGACCCUGCGAUGCAGGAGUUCCUCGUGCACACGCCGCGUGGCGACGCCCAGAUGUUCAUCGGCAACGCCAUGAGUGGCGGCCACGCCGCUGUCUUCGCCCAGCUCAUCAUCGCCGGACGUUCUCAAGGGCCCCACUGCUUCAUCGUUCCUAUCCGGGAGCAGGACGGAGGCUUGUGCCCGGGAGUGACGGCCGUGGAUAUGAUGCACAUGGAAGGUCUGCAUGGUGUGGAUAACGGGAUUUUAAUCUUCAACAAGGUUCGGAUACCCCGGGAGAACCUGCUGGAUAAGUUUGGUUCUGCGGCCCCAGAUGGACGGUACCAUUCACCUAUUAAGAACAAGAGCGCGAGAUUCACUGCGAUGCUGGCAGCACUGACCCCUUCGAGAUUAGCAGUGACCUUCCAAGCCAUGAGUGCCAUGAAGCUUGGGUUGACGAUAGCCAUUCGCUAUAGCCACAGCCGGAGGCAGUUUGGGCCCAAAACCAAGGAAGAGGUGAGGAUCAUCGAGCACCAAACACAGACGCUUCGGCUGAUGCCUCACCUGGCCACCAUCCUGGCCCUGACAUUCACCAGCAGGCAGGCCGGGACCCUGCUGGACGAGGCCGUCUCCCAAGGGAAGGAGCUGGCCGACAGCCGCUGGCCGCAGGCCCUGGUGGGGCUGAAGGCCUACAGCAGCUGGGAGAGGGUGGGCUGCCCGCAGGACUGCCGGGAGAGCACGGGAGGCAUGGGUUACAUGAUGGAAAACCGAAUCUCAGACUUAAAGUGUGAUGCAGAUGUGUUUGUAACUUUUGAGGGUGACAAUGUUGUCAUGCUUCAGGUCGUGGCCCGGGAACUGCUCGCUGGAUACACCCAACAGCACCGAGACAAACCGCUCUCUGGCCUGCUCAGGAGCUGGGUGGCGUCUGUGAGUGACAAACUGAGGACCAGUUUCCUGGCAUUUAACAUGGAUGCGAUUGGUAACCUGGCUUUUCUGUUGAAAGCUGUGGACUUCCGCGAGAGGGUUCUUCGGCGGGGUUUGGUGGCCAGGAUUUACGAUAAGGUGGUGACUAAGAAAGAGGACUUCUUCAGUGCCUGGAGCUCGUGCCUGCGCCACAUCACUUCCCUGUCCCUGGCACACACACACAGAGUGACCUUGGAGCAGUUCUCCCAGGCCGGGAGGAGCUGUCCAGACGCCCAGGACCGGGCUUUGCUAAUGAAGUUUUGUCUGUUAUAUGGAACCAAGCUGGUGUUCCAGGAGCGGGCCUAGUAUUUGGAACAUAGAUACCUGACUCCCAGGGCCAGCAGGAGGAUCAGGAGUCAGCUGCUGGAUUUGUGCGACUCGGUGAAGGAUGAUGCCCUGAGGGUGAUCGCUGCCUUUAACAUUCCACACGCCAACCUCCACGCCCCAAUCGCCGGCAUCCCAAACCCGCGCGCCACCUGGGCCUUCUACCCUGCGAGGAUUCUGCCGCUGGCUGGGGAAGGGGCACGGUCCCAACGGCCCAAGUUGGGAGCCAAGCUAUAACCCGCAUGGACAGAAGUGUAGUGGCCGGUCCGCUGCUGCCACCAAGCUCGCUCCACUGGUGCCCGAAGCUGGGGCAGAGGCCCGGCUGGCACGUGCGGGGCCGCCGCCGCGGGGAUUUUGGCCGCCGAGCAGAGGUGCGGCCGAAGCUUCCGAGGCGCGCGGCGGGCUGUUGGGGAAAGCGGGCCCAGGCGGUUGCCUGGGAAAUGCACGGCUUGGUCCUUUUCCUGUAACCCCGCCUGGCCCCGCCGCGACCUCGUCUAGCUGUGGCGCCGGAGCCCCCUAGACAAUCAGGGUGGGCUCCCCCGCGAGCGCACCCCACAGACGGGUGCCGCCAAAGAGCUGCUGUCAGCG